AUGGGUGGAAAUGAGGCGCGGCGGCCAGACCAAGAGGCUGCUCUUCCUUCCCUCCCCACCUUCUCGGCCAGGGAGCUGGAGACGGCGAUGGAGGCGGCUCUUCUGGGCGGAUUCAUCAAGGUCAUCCUGCCGAGGCUCUUCUCUCUCAUCGACGACAAGUACAAGCUGCACAAGGGCGUCAAGAGCGACGUCAGGUUCCUCGUGAAGGAGCUCCGCAUGAUCGUCGGCGCCAUCGACGACGACGACGAGCUCUCAGCGGCCUCCUCCACCGCGCGCUUGUCCAUCCAGGACCUGCGCGAGCUGGCCCACGGCAUAGAGGACUGCAUCGACGGCCUCAUGUAUCGCGCCACCUGGGAGCGGCAGGCGUCCUUCCUCCGCCGGAGCGUUCGGCUUCGGCCCCCCAAGGCGCUCAAGACCGGCGCGCAGCUCGCUCGGGAGAUGCAGCGGCUCAGGCACAUGGCGAAGGAAGCGCACGAGCGGAAGCGGAGGUACGCGGCCGGCUUCCCCGCCGGCGACGGCGGCCGGCCCUCUUCUGCUACCCAGCCGGUGGAUGAAUCGCCCUCUUGCCCGUCCGAUCCGCGCAUCCUUGACGCGGAUCUGGUCGGCGUCGACGAGCCCCUCGCGGAGCUGCUGGAGCAGCUGGCUGAGGGGCGGCCUAGCCAUCUGAAGGCGAUCGCCGUCGUCGGGUUUUGCGGCUUGGGGAAGACCGCCCUCGCCGCGGAAGUGUACAACCGAGAAACCCGCAGCGAGAGAUUUGAGAGGCACGCGUGGGUUUAUGCGGCGCUGAAGAGCCCAUGGGAGGUGCUAGCGGAGAUGCUCCGGAAACUUAGCUCCGGCGCCCCUCCUUCUCCUUGCCAGGGGAAAAAUGUACUGGAGACCUCCGAUGUCGGACAACUCUGUGCAGAACUCAAACAACAGCUGGUGAAGAAGAGAUAUUUCAUUGUGAUCGAUGACAUUCGAACAGAAGAUCAGUGGAAAACCAUCAAAUCUGCCUUGCCAGCAGAUAAGGAUAUUAGCAGUAGAAUACUGGUGACGAUGACUAUUCAGUCAGUAGCUAAUGCCUGCAGUUCUAGUAAUGGUUAUGUUCACAAAAUGAGCAGACUUGAUAAAAUGUGCUCGAAACAAUUGUUCACCAAGAAAGCUUGUCCGGACAAAUAUUCAUGUUACAAGCAGCCUGAUCCAGCAGAAGUUUUGAAGAAAUGUGAUGGCCAACCACUUGCGCUGGUGACAAUAGGUGAAUUCUUGCAAGCAAAGGGUUGGCCAACAGGACCUAGCUGUGAAGACGUCUGCACCCAGAUAGGUUAUCACCUGGAGAAUGACAAGAGCUUCGAAAAAAUGCGACGUGUGCUGAUUCAUAACUACACCACUCUGCUUAGCCAUGCUCUCAAAGCCUGCUUGCUAUAUUUUGGUAUGUUCCCAAGUAAUCGUCCCAUCGGAAGAAAAGUCUUUUGA